GUAGGCUCUACCAGGCUGUCUCUGACCCUGUGCUGUGGCCUCCUGGCCUGUGGCCCUCCUCUCUGGCUCUAGCUUUGGGCGAGCCCCACGGUUCUCCCCCCUCCUCUGCUCAACCUCCACCAUUCGCCCCUCCCUCGCCACGGCUGUCCUCCCCCCGCCCCCGCCCCCACCCUUCCUCCCCUCCCAUCACCACCACUCCCCCAUCAUCACCAUCACCCCCACCCCUCUCAACCCCAUCUCACCUCCCAUCUCACCCCCAAUCCCCUCCUCCCUCCUCCCCUGUGGUCACCAUGACGACCACUCCCACUGCUCGUGAGCAUCUCCUGGUGGUGAGGAGGCGCAACCCCCACAUGCGUUACACUCUCAGCCCUGAAAACCUGCGCUCCCUCUCAGCCCAGGGCGGUGAUGGCAUUGGCCCUAGGGGUCACGGCGGGGAAAGGUCAGCUGGUGAACGGUCAGGGGUCGGAGGUCAUGGAGAGGGUCAUGGCGGCGGGCUACAAAGGGCCAAUAGCGACACGGACCUGGUGACCUCGGAGAGCAGGUCAUCGCUGACUGCGUCGACAUACGAGUUCACGAUGGGGCGGGGCCAAAACCUGGUCAUCAACUGGGACAUCAAGGAGGAAGUGGACGCCACGGACUGGAUUGGACUCUACCACAUCGACGAGACGUGUCCUGCCAACGUGUGGGACUCUAAGAACCGCGGGGUGAACGGCACCCAGAGAGGACAGAUCGUCUGGAGGCUGGAGCCUGGACCUUACUUCAUGGAGCCUGAGACUAAGAUCUGCUUUAAGUACUAUCAUGGAGUGAGUGGUGGCCUGAGAGCAACAACCCCCUGCAUCACCGUCAACAACCCAGGACUUCCUGUUAGAGCCGAGGGUCAAGCUGAGGGCCAAUCAGUGACAGAGAACUGUCGGAAACUCGUCAGCUUCACUUUAUCAGAUAUCCGUGCGUUGGGUCUGAAGAAGGGGAUGUUCUUUAACCCUGACCCCUACCUGAAGAUGUCCAUCCACCCUGGGAAGAGGAGUGGCUUCCCCACCUUCACACACCACGGACAGGAGCGCCGCUCCGCCAUCAUAUCUAACACCACCAACCCUGUCUGGCCCGGGGAGAAGUACACGUUUGUGGCUCUGAUGACGGAUGUCUUGGAGAUCGAGGUGAAGGAUAAGUUUUCUAAAAGCCGACCAAUCAUCAAGCGCUUCCUGGGUCAACUGACCAUCCCAGUGCAGAGGCUGCUAGAGAGACCUAAUGCAGAGGACCAGCCGCUAAGCUAUACCCUGUGUCGUCGUCUGCCCACGGACCAUGUGAGCGGCCAGCUGCAGUUCAGAGUGGACAUGACCUCCGGACAUGACGAGGGCUCUCCUGAUGCCAUGGGUUCCAUCUUGGGUUUGUCAGUGAACGGGGACCCUGGGAGCCCCUCUGACGAUGAAGACCCCCACCCUUCCUCCAGGGCCCGGGGCCCAUCUCCCACAGGUUCCUACUCCUCCCUGCUCAACGGAGAGGUCCACAGGGAUGGAGACGAUGUCUGGAGUGACGCCCGAGGGGCGGUAGGCGAGCUAGACGUCCUGGGAUUGGCAAUCCCGGGCGGCCACACCCAUCGACAGGUGUCCCUCAACGACUACUUGGAUGCCAUCGAAGCUCCUAAGGGCCCGGGAGAACGGCCCCUGGGCGCGACGUCACCCAAGCUGAGGUCCAGUUUCCCGACGAACACACGACUCAGCGCCAUGCUGCAUAUAGACUCUGAUGAAGACGAGGAGGCAGGGCCAUCUAGGGACCAUCCACCCCAUGACCGGAAGCCCUUGCUGCCACUGGCCAAUGGUGUUCAGGCUGGGGUUGGGAAGGGAGCUGCCUCUUCAGAACAGGGCCUGGGGAAACAAGAGAAAGAGGGGACAGAGGGGACAGAGGCAAACAGGGGAGAGGUUGAGGGAGCACAGGGGACAAAAGCUGGGACAGGGGUUGGAGAUGGGGCUGGAUCUGGGGAUGGAGCUGGAUCUGGGGAUGGAGCUGGAGGGGAUGGAGCUGGAGAUGGGGAUGGGGCUGGAUCUGGGGAUGGAGCUGGAGAUGGGGAUGGGGCUGGAUCUGGGGAUGGAGCUGGAGAUGGAGAUGGGGCUGGAUCUGGGGAUGGGGCUGGAGAUGGAGAUGGAGAAGGGGAUGGAGCUGGAUCCAUGGCUGUGGUUGGAUCUCUAACUGUAGCCAGACCUGGGGUUAGAGCUGAGGCCAGACCUGGAUCUGUGGUUGGCUCUCUAACUGUAGCCAGACCUGGGGUUGGAGCUGAGGCCAGACCUGGAUCUGUGGUUGGUCCUGGGGCUGGGGCUCCUCUAUCUCCAAUACCUGAGACGAAUACUGCAGUGUCAGAGGACACUGUGGCAGCCAGAACUGAGACCAGCCAGCAACCAACGAUCUCAGGGGCCACAGCAGCCCAGGAGCCCCUCAGGAACUCACUGCCUGCUGUUCUGAAGACAUCCACUACUCAGAGACGGAAGGAAGAGGAAAUGGCGCCCAAGGCCGAGGAGGAAGGGGCGGAGUCAUCCAGUGAAGGAGCAAGUGCCAUUGCAGCCUCCCCGACGACCAGUAGCGUUGCCGACCAGGGGGGCGGGGCCUCUGGCUCUGAUGUCACAGGAGCAAGGACCGCCAGCGCAGCAGCCAAUGAGGAAGAAGAGGGUGGGGAGAUCUGGCAGAGGAGGUCCAUGCAGGCGUCUGGAGGCGUGUCUCAGGAGGAGGGGGCGCGGUCUUCUGAGGCCAGCGGCCCAAUCGACUCUUCUCAGAGUGUCUCUGAGGAGGGCAGCGAGGCAGGAGGGGCCACAGGUCAAGUCAACGGUCACCAGUCCGUCCGCUCCCUGCCCUCUGUCCGUCACGACAUGGGUCGCUACCAGAGAGUAGAUGAGCCACUUCCUCCCAACUGGGAGGCCCGUAUAGACAGUCACAGCCGUGUGUUCUAUGUGGACCAUGUGAACCGCACCACCACCUGGCAGAGACCCACCGCGCCUCCAGCACCACAGCUCCUCCAGAGGUCCAACAGCAUACAGCAGAUGGAACAGCUCAACCGCAGGUAUCAGAGUAUACGCAGGACGAUGACCAAUGAGAGAACAGCAGAGGAGCUGACAGCUCCGCCCGAGGUGCCCACCGACGACACUGACCACCACACUAUCCCAGAGUAUCGUCGUGAUGGUGUGGUGACUCCAGAUAGCUCUCGGUCUCGUCUCAGUCUGCUCCUCCAGUCUCCCAGCGCUAAGUUCCUGACCAGCCCUGACUUCUUCACCUUGCUGCAUUCCAACCCUAGUGCCUACCGCAUGUUUACAGGUAACACCUGCCUGAAACACAUGAUCAGUAAGGUGCGUCGGGACACGCAUCACUAUGAGCGCUACCAGCACAACAGAGACCUGGUGGUUUUCCUCAACAUGUUCUCCAACAAACAGCUGGAGCUGCCCCGUGGCUGGGAGCUGAAGCACGACCACACUGGCAAGCCUUUCUUUGUGGACCACAACUGCCGGGCUACUACGUUCAUCGACCCUCGGCUCCCUCUUCAGAGCAGCACACGUCCCAGCAGCCUCCUGGCCCACCGCCAGCACCUGACCAGACAACGCAGCCACAGCGCUGGCGAAGUCAGCCCACAACACAUGGUGGGUGACCACCCUCGUCAUUCUGGAGGAGGACCCCCUGUAAUGCCCCGCCCAUCCAGCACCUUCACCCCGGUCAGCCGCACCCAGUACCAAGACGUAGUGCCAGUGGCUUACAACGACAAGAUUGUGGCGUUUCUACGACAACCCAAUAUCUUUGAGAUCCUGCAGGAAAGACAGACAGAGUUUAUCAGGAACCACUGGCUCAGGGAGAAGGUGCAGUUAAUCCGUAAUGAAGGGGCCUCUGGUCUGGCCAGGCUGUCUGGUGAUGCAGACCUGGUCAUCCUCCUCAGCCUGUUUGAGGAGGAAGUGAUGUCAUACGUUCCGCCUCACGCCUUACUGCACCCCAGCUACUGCCAGUCCCCACGAAGCUCCCCCGUGUCCUCCCCACAGAACUCACCUGGAACACAGCGAGCUAAUGCCCGUGCCCCUGCCCCCUACAAGCGAGACUUUGAAGCCAAACUGCGAAACUUCUACCGCAAACUGGAGACCAAGGGCUACGGCCAGGGCCCAGGGAAGUUAAAGUUGAUCAUCCGUAGAGAUCAUCUCCUGGAGGAUGCCUUCAACCAGGUCAUGUGUUACUCCCGGAAAGACCUGCAGAGGAGCAAGCUCUAUGUCAGCUUCCUGGGAGAGGAGGGGUUGGACUACAGCGGCCCGUCCAGAGAGUUUUUCUUCCUGGUGUCCAGAGAGCUGUUCAACCCGUACUACGGCCUGUUUGAGUACUCCGCCAACGACACCUACACCGUUCAGAUCAGCCCCAUGUCUGCCUUCGUAGACAACCAUCACGAGUGGUUCCGUUUCAGCGGGCGUAUCCUGGGCCUGGCUCUGAUCCACCAAUACCUACUGGAUGCCUUCUUCACUCGACCCUUCUAUAAGGGCCUGCUGCGCAUCCUAUGUGAGCUGAGUGAUCUGGAGUAUCUGGAUGAGGAGUUCCAUCAGAGUCUCCAGUGGAUGAAGGACAAUGACAUCGAGGACAUGUUGGACCUCACCUUCACUGUCAAUGAGGAGGUGUUCGGACAGAUCACAGAGAGAGAGCUGAAGCCGGGCGGGGCCAACAUCCCAGUGUCAGAGAAGAAUAAGAAGGAGUACAUUGAGCGCAUGGUGAAGUGGCGUAUUGAGAGAGGAGUGGUUCAGCAGACAGAGAGUCUGGUCCGGGGCUUCUAUGAGGUGGUGGAUUCCAGGCUGGUGUCAGUGUUCGAUGCCAGGGAGCUGGAGCUGGUGAUAGCUGGCACCGCUGAGAUAGACCUGGUGGACUGGAGGAGCAACACUGAUUACAGAGGAGGUUACCAUGACAACCACAUAGUGAUCCGUUGGUUCUGGGCAGCGGUGGAGAGGUUCAACAACGAGCAGAGACUCAGGCUGCUACAGUUUGUGACGGGUACCUCCAGUAUUCCCUACGAGGGUUUCGCCUCUCUCCGAGGCAGCAACGGACCCCGCAGGUUCUGUGUGGAGAAAUGGGGCAAAGUUACCUCUCUACCCAGGGCUCACACCUGUUUCAACCGGCUGGACCUCCCUCCAUAUCCAUCCUUCUCCAUGCUGCACGAGAAGAUGCUCACUGCCGUGGAAGAGACCAGCACCUUCGGCCUGGAGUGAUGACCCCUAUCACCUUUAUCCUUUAACCCCAACUCCUCCUACGACCUUUGACCCUGUCCUCUGAACUGUAGUAUCACAGAGGUAGAGGAACCCAAGGGGUUCAAGGGGAUGACUGUCUAGUCCGUCUGGCACCCUGUUGUAUCUUUAUACACACUCACCUUCCUGAAGUGAGCUGAACAGAGGAGAAUAGACUGAUGUGUAUCAGAGGGCAUGACCCCUGCACAACGCCAGGGUUUCCUGUGACGGUUAAGGUCACUUAGACACACUGCCAACACAAACCAAAGGAGAGCACCCUAACACUCACACCCUUGUUAGUCCAUUAGACCAAUGGGAGAGAUGGACUCGUAAGCCUCCAACCAAUCGCACAAUGAAGGAACAAAAACCAAGACCCGGAGUGAGACUCCAACUGGCUCAUCACGUUUUAUUAUUUAAAAUACGGAUUUCCAGUGGAGUCACGUAAGGAAGGUGGUGGUCGAGCUUUUCCUGGAGAGCAAAACCAAAGCUGCUUUAUCUCACUGAGGGGCUGAGGCCAACAUCACAGGACAUCUCUCCUCUGAGAGGCUGAGGCCGACAUCACAGGACAUCUCUCCUCUGAGAGGCUGAGGCCGACAUCACAGGACAUCUCUCCUCUGAGAGGCUGAGGCCGACAUCACAGGACAUCUCUCCUCUGAGAGGCUGAGGCCGACAUCACAGGACAUCUCUCCUCUGAGAGGCUGAGGCCGACAUCACAGGACAGCUCUCCUCUGAUAGGCUGAGGCCGACAUCACAGGACAUCUCUCCUCUGAUAGGCUGAGGCCGACAUCACAGGACAUCUCUCCUCUGAGAGGCUGAGGCCGACAUCACAGGACAUCUCUCCUCUGAGAGGCUGAGGCCGAUAUCACAGGACAUCUCUCCUCUGAGAGGCUGAGGCCGACAUCACAGGACAUCUCUCCUCUGAUAGGCUGAGGCCGACAUCACAGGACAUCUCUCCUCUGAUAGGCUGAGGCCGACAUCACAGGACAUCUCUCCUCUGAUAGGCUGAGGCCGACAUCACAGGACAUCUCUCCUCUGAGAGGCUGAGGCCGACAUCACAGGACAGUGUUGCUCCUGGAGAAGGGGAUGAGAGGAGAGAGGAAGAGAUGAAGGAAGACAAGACAGGUGCUCUUCAGCUGCUGUGGCCACGCGUCCUGUCCUGUCAGGGAAAGAGAACCAACCAAUCAAGGUCCAGGCAGCUUUGUGACCUGAGCUUGUUGAACACUCUGACAGGUGUGUUCUAGAACAGAACACUGAAGUAGCCUAUCGUGAUGUGGUGGUAUUUGUGUGGUGAAGCUGAACUUGAAUCUCUCUACAGGCUUUUCAUCUAUCUGCAAAAUGUAUUUUGUAACGGCCACAAACAAUGAUAUGUUUUUGAAUGUACUGACUGAUAUCACGAUGAUGCGCUUGAAUGUGUCGUUUUUGUACGUCGCUCGAUGACUCGUCAAAUCUAAACGGCUGCCUCAUUCUUACCAAACUUCAGGGCAAGUUAUUAGCACGGAUAACCAAACUCAGCUAGGGUUUGUUUCGAUAAAGACAUUACAUCGAGUUGGCUUUCCCAUAAUGUUAGACACAAGCUCUCACACACUCUUUCAGUGUUUUAGCUGUUUUCAUUGUUUGCAAGUAUGUUGAUUGUCAUCGUGGCUUUAUCAUUGAACUACACUGCCAGAGUAGAGGGUGAUCUGAACUUUUCAAAUCCAUCAUGUUUGGUUGUUGCUCUUGUUUUUAACUUGCUUCUUCUUUUUCUCCUUCUGUACAUUAUCCUGAUUGCCACCUAAUUGAAUACGUUGGUUUGAUAUGUUCCUAUUUCAAUAGGGUUUGGGACCCCGAUAUAACAUCGUAUAAUGACUGAUGUUUGUAUGACCAUGAUAAUGAAAGUAAAACAUGGUGAUUAACAACCUGCAUGUCGACACACACACUCACACACAUACACACAUACACACACACACACACACACACACACACACACACACACACACACAUACACACACACACACUCACACAUACACACUCACUCACACACACACACACACACACACACAGGCUUACAUCAUGCAAUUAUAAUGUGAUCUGUGUGUGGGUGAUGGUAAGGUCAAGGGACAUUUAUAGCUUUAUAGGGACUCGUGACAGAGAACAUUUUAACGUCAUAUAUAAGCACAGGUGCCCAUGGUGUGCUAUUACACUGACUGUUUUGAUGGGUGAAAUGUUGGUUGUCAAGUGAGGGGAAAAAAUAUAUUUUAUAGACGUAUCUACAGUACUAGGAAGUUUUAAGACGAGGACUAAUGAGAAUAUGAAGGAAGAGUUAUAGAAACACAUACAUAUUUGUCAUGUUUUUCACUUCAUACUCUGCCUUAGUCAGAAGGCCUUAGUCUGCCUUCUGAUAUCACCAUAUUCUACUCUCAGGGUGCGUUCCAGGUCGCGCUUUAUUGCAGUCGCGCUGCUGCUGAGCAUUUUAGCCGAUUACCAUAUUAUAUGUAUAUCAUAUUAAUGUGGUUCCAGAGAGGUAAAUACUGUUCCAGACGUUGUGAGGGACUAUCAUCUGAGCAGUGUGUCGACUGCAAUAACGAUGACAUGAAACGCGCCCAAUGUUUUUGUUUCAGGGCUGUGACCCCACCCAGCCACCAUCACAUCCCGAGACUGUGGAAUGUACCUAACAGAAUGUAAGGGACUGAAAUAGAACAACUUCCUGCAUUCUCUUCCAUCAUCCCAGGGCCAGUGAGAGACUGAGGGCAGAUAAAUGACAUGUUUUACGUUAAAAACAUACUAAAAGAAAGAGAAGUGCACAGUUGCAUUACAUGUAUUUUAUUUGUAUUUUUUUGACAUUUUAGUAAUAAAUCAGACGCUCUUAUCCAGAGCGAUUUACAGUUAGGGCAUUCAUCUUAAUAAAAUGUAGCUAGGUGGGACGGGUUCUAGUGUAGUUUUUGAGCAUAGACUGAAAGACUGAAGCUAGGGAGGGGAAGUUUCUCUUGGUGUUUCGUAGGUAUGCACCAUGGUCUUGUAGUGGAUGGGAAUACUGUACAUGUCCUGGGAUGGCUUGUAAGAAGUUCUUAUAACUUUUUACGUACUGACAGUACACGUUUCUCUGUCUGCAAAUGAAUGAUUGUGCUGUCCUGUGUAGGCUGUAUUUUCACCAGGGGUCUCCAACAGUUCGAUUCGCUACAGUAGCUCGCAGUCUACCUAUGAGUAGCUCACAGUCUACCUAUGAGUAGCUCGCAGUCUACCUAUGAGUAGCUCACAGUCUACCUAUGAGUAGCUCACAGUCUACCUAUGAGUAGCUCGCAGUCUACCUAUGAGUAGCUCGCAGUCUACCUAUGAGUAGCUCGCAGUCUACCUAUGAGUAGCUCGCAGUCUACCUAUGAGUAGCUCGCAGUCUACCUAUGAGUAGCUCACAGUCUACCUAUGAGUAGCUCGCAGUCUACCUAUGAGUAGCUCACAGUCUACCUAUGAGUAGCUCGCAGUCUACCUAUGAGUAGCUCGCAGUCUACCUAUGAGUAGCUCACAGUCUACCUAUGAGUAGCUCACAGUCUACCUAUGAGUAGCUCACAGUCUACCUAUGAGUAGCUCGCAGUCUACCUAUGAGUAGCGCACAGUCUACCUAUGAGUAGCUCACUGUCUACCUAUGAGUAGCUCGCAGUCUACCUAUGAGUAGCUCGCCAAACAAUUCUAAAAGUACUUGCGAUUUUCACUUGUUCCACGACAAACUGUCCAACAAACUGUCAUAAACAAAUCCCACAAGUGUCAGACACCGCAAGCUCCCAGCUAAUUAACGCAAAAUUGACAUUUUCCCACCCCUGGUUAGCCAGGGUGGGAAAUGUUAAAAAGCCAAACCUAACCAUAUCUGCCAAUGAAUUCCCAGCAACAUUGCCCCUGUCUGUCUAAGUGGUGAGCGCGUUUGUCCAUCACUCCAGCCAGUUGACGUGAUAAACUAUCAUGUGAGUUGACAGAAAUACUUUCCCUGAAACCUUUCCAAUUAAAUAUGUAUUGCAGGUAGGCUCACCUGGCAGAAGUACAUAAUGAGUAUCUGUUUUUUGAAAACUUUGCCAUGAAAUGCUCAGCAGUAUGGAACUAUUGCUAGACUGGCACAUUCCUCACUCAGAUGCGCAAUUACAGGAAAAUUACACAGAUAUCUACAUUUGUUAGUUUUCUUCCAGACCUAAAAAAGAAAUUGUCCUCAGAGGGGAUUUAACAAGUGACAUGGACUCAGAACAUCCCAUUUGGUUGUUUCCAUGAACAUUUGUAAUUUUGAAAGUGAAAAAAAUUCUAAAACCAGGAAAAGCAACACUGACAACAAAUCUCUGAUUUUAGAGUUGUUUGUUUAUCGUUAUUUUACCAGGUAUGUUGACAGAAAAUAUAGUGCACUACUUUCUCUUGUGUAUCAAGGACCCGGAGAAGAGUUGCAGGGGAGAGGAGAAGAAUGGGCCUAUUUUAAAAUCUAGUAAGAAAUGAGUAGAUCUAAUGCCAGAAAAGGUUGGAGACCCUGAUCUGCACUGAAUGUACCAAUGUUUUGGGGCUUUAAUUGGGGCUUUUGACUCUAUUCAUCCAAGUCUCGGUCUCUCAACCUCCAUGGUCUUCACAUUCACCACCAUCACUGAGUAACCGAUAGCCCAUCACACCAACCCACUACUUCUUUACUCACAGAAACACUUUAACUACAACACAACAUGCAUAUAUAUAUAUAGUAUCACCAAUUGUGACCAAUUUGAAAGUUGCAUCCAUGUUUCAGUUGUUCUCACCUUUUUGUAAUGGAAUGUUGUGCCUGUUCCUCUGUGGCUGUCUGUCUGCCUGUCUGGUCCUGUGACCGGCAGGACUCUAGGAUGAGAUACUACUGUCUGCUGGGGGGUUCAAGGCUGUGUCUGUCAGAGCUUCACUCUAUGCAAAGCUUUGUUCUCCACGUCACUCCUUAUGAUUGUAUGAAAAAAACGGAUCAAAAUAAUGGAUUAAAUGUGUCUCUGUGUCUCUUGUGUUGGGAGUUGAACAUGGAUUUCUAUUAGUAGUGGUAUAUUCAGUAUUGGUCUUUUGGCAAUUUGUUUCAUAAAUUAAUAAAUAAAUACAUUUCAAAGGUAA